AUGGCAGGUGAUAUGUGGCUUAAUGACUAUGAUGCCUGUUCCCUACUGGGACAGGAGCUGAUGGAACAGAUAAAUGAGAGGAACAAGCAUGCACGCACAAGCUCAGCCUACACAAAGUUGUCAGCUCAAAUUCGCUCCAAGAGCCGGCAGUAUAUCUCUGACUUGGGUAAACUGAAACAGAAUUUGAUGAGAGCAUCAGCCUCGUAUCACAUAACACAGCGUGAAGUAGAGAGAAGGCAGCGAAUGAUUGAUGCUCUAGUGACUAAAGAGAAACAGAUAGAACAAGCUUCUAGAAACGAAGGACAGUCAAGGAGUCUUCUGUUGUCUCCGGGAACCGAAACCUACAGCACGGGAGAUCCUUGGGGCAUGAAUGAGGAGCCGGAAGCUUUACGGGAUCUCAACAACCAGGACUUGCACCAGCACCAACAGGUUGUCAUCCAAGAGCAAGACCGAGGACUGGAAGCUCUGUCCCAUGUUGUCGGUCGACAGAAGCAGAUGGCAAUUGACAUUGGGAAUGAAGUAGACAGUCAGGAUGUGCUCAUAGAUGACCUUAACGAUCAAGUUCAUCGAACAGACGGGCGUAUUCAGCGGGAGACCAGGCAUAUAAAGAUAAUUGAUCGCAAGUCUGGGGCUUGUUGCUACUAUAUCCUAAUAGUUGUGCUGUUUAUUGCUAUUGUUGUAAUUGUUGCUGUGCCUUACCAUGGAAAGCCUUAG